CUGCUGUGCCACUAAUGUCAUUUUACACACUGGUUGUUUCAGUUAGUAUUUGCUUUAGAACGUAUCAGGAAGUAUCGGGAGAGGAGCAAAACGUUAGCAAUGACUUCUGGCGUGUUUCAUAGCGGCAGCAAUGCCAUAUUUUUUGGCGUCACCGCUUUUGUGAUGCUGGCUAGCUUCGUCAUGAUAGCCAUCUUCACGGGCUUCCAGCACGAGACGAAGAAGUUCAAGACCAUGGUCGUGACGGUUGUGCUGGUGCUGCUGUUCCAGUUCAUCGUUCUCGAUCCGAUCAAGUUCAUUGUGCUGUCCAUUGAUUCGGCCACCUGGCCGCGGAAGCACGCCAUGAAUUACAAGCCGGAAAAAGCCAGGGAAAAGUACAACCACUUGGACUACCUAAGAACGAGACUGAGGAGUCUGAAAUCGCAGCUUAUGAUCACCAUUCAGCACCGUAACGAGAAGCUGAAUGAGAAGUACAGCCAUAUAAUGAAGGAUCUGAAGCUCUACGGGUCAUACUUUCUGCUACUGCUCAUGGUGGUGAUUGUGCACCAGGACCCGCUGCUCUACCACAACACCAACGCCGUGAUGUCCCUCCUGUCGUACAAUACGAGUAAUACACUCGGCCUGAAGGAGAUCAGGUUCAUGGAUCAGGUGUACGACUUCAUCGAGCUGACGCUGAUCAAGGGAUUUAAUCCGCAUCAGAGUAUGGACACUGGCUGGCUGCAAAUACGCCAGAUGAAACGGUUGGGCGUGAUUCGGCUGCGACAGUUGCGACACAUUGACAACAUCGGUGUCUACGAUCCACAGUGGGACUACGGGACGGGCAUGCCCGAGUGGAACAAGCCUUUCAGACGGCUCCACUACGAAGAUAAAUACUGGCGCAUCUACGAACCAUGGCGACCCAUCCGACACACACCCAGCCUCGAGGAUGGUCUGCUGCUGAACUUUAAUCACUAUGGCUACGACAUGGACUACCCCGAAUUGUUGGGCUAUGUGGCACUGCUGACCACCGGGCCCCACAACAGCCUCAAGGUAUUGGGCUUCCUCAAGCGCUACAACUGGCUGGACCGCCGCAAUACUUCAGCGGUUUUUAUGGACUUCACCAUGUUCAAUGCGGAUGCGAAUAUCUUUACCGUGUGUACACUUCUCGUGGAGAACACGAACUUUGGCUUACAGCUGACCCAUGCCACGGUGGAGAGUACAAAGCUACUCGAAAGCCUUGACCAGAUGAGCCACCUUAAGAUAAUCGUUAUGCUGCUCUACCUGAUCCUUGUCAUUCAGUUUUGCCGCAGCCUGCUGGUCAAGCUGUGGUACAAUAGCAGCGCCAUCAAAAAGGCCUGGAACAAGGUGGAUGUUGUCAUUUGUAUACUGAACUUUAUGCUGGUUGCUCUGAUGAUACUGCGCGAGUGGGAGGUGUCGAAAAUACUGAAGCUUCUCAAGGAGUCCACCACGCGGGACUACUUGAACUUUCAGCGCCCCACGCGCCUCUAUCUACUGAUCAACGUUGUCUUGGGCAUGAUCGUCUGCAUCACCACGCUCCGCCUCUGGAAGGUGCUGCAGUUUGCCAGCGUCUUUUCCGUGUUCACCAAAACGCUGUAUCUUGCCUGGCCCGCCGUCGCCAGCACCGCACUCAUCAUAAUUAUCUUCCUGAUGGGCCUCGGCACGGCAGUGGCGAUUAUCAACGGCAACAACAGCGAGUACUUUCAAAGGCUGGUCAAGUGCAUCAUCGCCUGCCUGUGCUUUGCCUUCGGCUUCAGCUCGGAGGUGCAUCCCCGGGAUAUGUUUCACGGCGGCAAGGCACUGGGCAUUGUGCUCUACCUUGUGCUGGUCUUCAUCAUUGCCGUGGUUCUCAUGAACGUCUUUGCCGCCCUCAUCUUCUCGUACUUCGAGAGCGCCGAGCAAGACCGCAAGGAAAAUAAGAGCAUGAGCCGCAUCAACUUUCUGCAGUUCCUGCGCCUCGAGUUCGCCAACACCCUCGCCAUCUGUGGCAGCUGCUUCUUUCGCAAGAGCUACCGUUCCGGCGGGCGCACUGUGCGCGAGAAUGUCGCCUGGGCUAUGUACAGGCAGGAGCUAAUCCGGUCCAAGCAGAGCAGUUUUGCAGUUGUCCAGAAGCCCAGCGACGAAGAACUACGCUUCCGGUAUCGCCAGCGCAUCGAGAUGCUCCUGGGCCUAUCGGCAAUCCUCACUGUACAGGUGGAGCUGGUCGAGCGACUGUUGUUAGGCGACAAGGAUGGCAAUCUGCCAGUCUCCUCAGGUUCGGAUGACUCCGAUAUUCCAGAUAUGUAUCGCAAAAAAGAAAAUUUAAGAUAGACAGCUCUCCCUUACAGUAAUUCUUUCCCCUGAAACACUCGUUAGAAAAUGACAUCAGAUAACACUCGUUAGAAAAUGACAUCAGAUAAUUCCCCUGUGCCUGUGCCUCCGUAAAUGAUUUAAUUAAACUGUUUGAGAUGCCAAGCUUGUUUGGCACCUAUAUUU